GCUUUUCAUGCAUUUGUCUUUCAUGCAUGCGUAAAUUGCUGUCGGUGAUUCAGGCCGUGCUAGAGGUGGCGCUCCGCCGCGUCUCAACAUCCACCCACCAUGGCUCCUCCUCCUACUCAUUCUCGUAUUCUAGAGAUGAACCUCGUUUCGGCUGAAGACCUCGCUCCGGUCUCCAAAAACAUGAAGACCUACGCGGUGGUUUGGAUCAAACCGGACGAGAAGCUCGCCACCGGAGUCGACCAAAAUGGCGGAACCGAUCCGACUUGGAAAGACCGGUUCACGUUCAAAGUCGACGAUAAGUUCUUAAAUUCGGAGGAUGCCAAGAUCGUUGUUGAGAUUUACGCGGCGGCGUGGGUUAAAGAUGCUUUGGUCGGAUCUGUUAAAGUUUUGUUUAAUGAUAUUUUCCAUUUGCGAUCUGUAGCCGACGCCGAAACCAAUAACUCCGCCAGGAGGACCGUCACGCUUCAAAUCCGCCGCCCCUCUGGCCGCCCUCAAGGUAUUCUUAAAAUGGAGGUUGCCCUCGUUGAUAGUACAAUGCGGAGCAUGCCUCAAUUACAAUACCUUACACCUGAAACAACAAACGAAGACGGGGACGACGGCCAUAGGAAUCAUGAGACAAAUGCGUACGCCAAGAUAAGCCGUUCACAAAGCGACCGAUUUACCCAGUUAACAUCGGACGAAUACGACGGCCAUAGGUAUUAUGGAUCACGUUCCAGCUGUUCCGCUUUUAAAGGCGGAAGCAUGGUGAACGGUGAGUCACUUUGUAACUCGGACGUGGGUCCAUCGGCUUCCAUCGUGGCGGCGGCCAUUGCGAAAGGGUUGUAUCAACCACCGGGAAACGAUCGACCUCAUACGAACGAAACGAGUAAGAUAUCGGAAUGGACAAAGAAAGAGAGGGAAGAGGAACUAUCGUUGAAGUUAGAGAGGUGGCGGACAGAAAUCCCGCCUCCGGCGAGUGGGAAAAGAUCAAGGAAAGGGAGGAGGUCGAGGAACAAAAAGAGCGGUGGGUUCAAGUUGUUUUCGUGUUUCGGAAAUGCAUUCCAGUUCGAGAUAUCCAUUACGUGUGGAAGUAAGAAGAAACAUAGCAAUGGAAAGAAAAGCAAUAAAGGCAAUGGCGAUGGGAAUGGCAAAAACAAAAUCUGUCACUUGGGCUCUGUAAAUGAAAAUAAUAGCAAAUCUGUUGCUUGAACAUCUCUCUCAAACAUUUCAUUUAGCUAUGCUCAACAACAGA